AUGGCGAAGAAGGAAAGAGUAGCCCAGAAGGCGGCCUCUGAGGCGGAGAAGAAGUCCAAGGCUGCACAACAGAAAGAGGAGCAAGAGAGUGCCAAGUGGAGCGAUGGCGCAAAAGGCAAUAAGAAAAAGGAGCUCGAAGAGCAGAAGAAGCAAGAGUUGUUAGAGAAGAAGAAAGAACGAGAAGCAAUGCUUGCAGCGGAGGAGAAAGAGCUCAAUGCAAUAGCCGCCAAAGGUGCCGCUUUGAAGGGCAGCGCAAAGAAAGCAGCGCAACGGACCGAGAGACACGAAGCGUUUGCAGCGGAUGCACGAGCUGACAUCCCCGAGUUCGCCGCGUCCGGUAUCGAUGCGGCCUUGGACUUGUUAGAUUUAACGACGGGAGUGGGCACGGCACCGAAGAGCUCGGACAAGAUGGAGAGACAUCCUGAGAAGAGAAUGAAGAGUGCCUGGGCGGCCUUCGAAGAGCGAGAGAUGCCUUUGCUCAAAGAGGAGCAGCCAAAUCUCCGUCUAACGCAAUACAAGCAGCUUCUGCAAAAGCGGUGGAAGAAGUCCCCCGAGAACCCCAUGGCAAGUGGACCGAUAUCUCAAUUUACGCCGCGUAUCCUGCCACCUAAUUCCUUCUCGGAGGAGCGAGAGCUCGUCGAGAGCCGCCGCGAAGAGGCUUUGGCGAAGCUCCGGGUCAAGUAG